AUUGUUUGCAUACUUUUCAAUUGAUUCAAUUCAUAAUGGAGUUCAUUGCUAUAAUGAUUGCCAUUACAGCAAUACUACUUGGAUUAUUUUGUGGAAUAGCAAACAAUUUUUUAAAUAAAUUAUACAUAUAUAAUACGAUCAAAGGAUUCCCGGGCCCAAAAGCAUAUCCAAUUAUCGGAAAUGCUCAUUUGUUUAUCGGUAAUACCGGAGACAUAACUAACCAAAUUCUAAAGAUAAGUAAAAAUUACCAAUCAAUAUAUCGUCUAUGGUUAGGUAUGCAAUUGUUUAUCUUAAUAAACAAUUCUGAAUAUAUCAAAAAUGUAUUGAAGAGUCCAAAUAUUACUGAAAAAAGCGAGGAGUAUGGAAUUCUGAAACUUACUGUGGGCAAUGGAUUGCUGACUGCUCCAGUAUCGGUGUGGAAUACUCAUCGAAAAUUUCUAAAUAAAGUCUUUCUUGAAAAAUAUUUAAAGUCGCAAACAGAUGUAUUAGUUAAUCAUUCUAUCGCAUUAAUUGAAAAAUUGGAAACAUUAAUUGGAGAAGAAGUAGACAUUCGACAUUACGUUUUUCGCUGCACAUUGGAUAUUGUAUAUGAUAACAUGUUCAAUACACGAAUAAAUUCCCUGAUCAAUGAGAAUUGCAAACUGGCUGAAUCUAUUGAUUGUUUGAUGGAUACAGCUAUGCAAAGAAUCCUCAAAUUAUGGUUACGUCCUGACAUAAUUUUUUAUAACACUGCUGUAGGAAAGAAAUUACGGACGUGUCUGUCGUGCCUGGAUAACAUUACAAGCAAUAUAAUCAAAGAAAAGAAGGAAUCUAUGUUGAAAAGUAAAUUAAAUCGGGAACUGACAGAGGAAAAUUCAGAACAAAAACCAAGUUUUCUCCAGAAUCUUUUAUUUGAAUCAUUCCAUGAAGAUGUAAAAUAUUCAGAGCAAGAUAUUCGAGACGAAAUCAAUACCAUUGUUAUAGCUGGAAGUGAUACUACAGCUACUACCAUAAGUUUUGUACUUUUAAUGCUUGCUACAUUCCCUGAUAUUCAAAACGAAGUAUAUAAGGAACUGAAUCAAAUUUAUGGCUCAUGCGAUCCGAAAGAUAUAUCAAUAAAGUAUGAUGAUCUCAAAGAUAUGAAACUUUUGGAACGAGUAAUCAAAGAAACGUUACGACUUUUCCCCGCAGUUCCUAUCAUCGCUCGGAAAGUAACGCAAGAUAUAGAGGUGACAAAAAACUGGACUAUACCAAAAGGAAGUUCAGCGAUAUUUUUCAUCUAUAAUCUUCAUCGUAAUGAAAAAUAUUGGCCCCAACCGCUAAUAUUCGAUCCGGAUAGGUUUCUUCCGGGGAGGUAUAGUUCCUCGGACUUUUUUCCGUUUAGUUAUGGUCGCAGAAAUUGCAUAGGCCAAAACUUUGCUAUGUUAGAGAUGACCAUAAUAAUUGCUACACUGGUACGAAAAUUUAUAAUCAAAAUAGAUAAGCCAGUAGAAAUUGCAGAAAUAGGAGUAAAAUUCUGCCUCUCGUUGAAACCGACCGAACCAAUAAGACUAAAAUUUGAAAAAAGGAUGUAAUUUAAAUAUAUAACAUGUGUACAUAAUAUAGACUUAAUUAAAGUAUA